AAAUUACCCAGGAUUCUUUGCUUCACCGUGAGCUCAUCUGCGGCUGUUUAAAACAUGGAGGAGAGGGAAAGAAAAGGUGUAAAAUCAGACAGUAAAGAAAAUGUAUCUGCAACCUGCUCGAGUACACCAUUAGUAGCGGAGCACGAACCACAGGCGGACAGUAAAGCUGGGGAUGAUGACGCAGAUAAAAUAGAUGUCUGCUCUGAUCACUUUGAUCCCCUCUUGGCCUUGUACUCGCCCACUGUACGGAUUCCUGUUCCAAAUGUCAAAAGUUUCAACAAUGUGGCAGAGUACGAGAGCUUUCUGAAAGGCGGCCGGGGCAGAGCCAAACCGGAGAAUGUGGAGAAAAGGCGGCUAAAGGCGAUGAAAGGGGCGGCGGACCCGGAGCGCAUCGAAAGGCUUAAGAAGCUCGUUGUGAACAAACGGCCAGAGGAGGAGGGGGAGAGCAGCGGGACACAGCGGAGAAGGAGGCACAAGCCCCAGAAAAAUGUCCUGACGAGGAUGCCCUUAUGUGAAGGCAGUCCGUUGGGGCAGUUGUACCGGUGUGUUGAGGAGAGGAUACGGGUCAAAGUUCACAUCAGGACCUUCAAGGGACUGAGGGGAGUGUGCUCUGGCUUUGUCGUGGCCUUCGACAAGUUCUGGAACAUGGCAAUGGUAGAUGUAGAUGAGACGUACAGAGAGCCUCUGCUUGGAGAGGCAUUCUACCAUGAAAAGGCCCUCACCAUCUCACGGCUCUUUGAGAAGCUGAAGCUCCAGGAGAGCCCAGGAGGUGAUGAGCCAGCAAAGAAGCACGAAGCCCAGGAAACAGCCAGCAAGCAUCAGCCUUCGAACCCCAAAAGUACUCCAAAAAACCUGUCUGCUCACCCUACUAGCAAGAGAUGGGACAGCAGUACAGAGUCCAAACUGUCAGACAAAAUCAAACAGGACAAACACAAAGUCUCGCUGAAGGCCCAGGGUCUGGAGGUCUGUCAGAAGAAAGACUCCCAGAUGUAUGGCAAGGUCCACACACGCCACAUCAACCAGCUUUUCAUCCGGGGUGAGAACGUUAUCCUGGUUAACCCACAGCCACUCUGACUCUCCUCUGUUUGAUAUGUACCCUGGAUAAAAAGGUGGGCUACGACCACAAUCAAUUUGAUGCUGAACAUCUGUAGUAAUAGGUGUGAAGUACUGUAGAUGAGCUGCCAGAGAUGUGAUUGAAUUGGAUUCAGAGGAAUCAAAAACAACUGUUAUAUCAUAUUGAUAUGGAGGAUUAUUUCUGCCCACCAGAGAAAUCAUCAUGAUUUUGAGAAAUAAAAGCUUCUCAGUUCUAAUUAUAGUGA